AUGAACUUUGUUCAGCAACGAUUAGGCGGUAACGCAAAAAUUGGAGGAGGAGGAGGAGGAGAAGGAGGGGAUGUUUGCGCUAUAAGCAGUACACCUUUAAAUUUACGAUUUACGCAACUACCAGAGACUGCCACAGUAGUAUACCCUGGUGGUGCGGGAAAUAGCGUUGAUAUUGUAAAGAAAGGAAAUACAAAUAGUGAUGGAUCAUUAACCGUUCUAGCGGGAAACGAUGUUUUAACACGAAGACCACGGAAAAAGUGGGAUGAUGUGGCAGUUCUCCCCAUUGGGGAUACACCGGACUAUGCUUCAUCAUUGAUAUCAAAUUCAUUUGACAUACCAUCCACUGAAACACACGUCUUCCCGUCAUCCACAGAACCGUCAUCAUCCAAGGAAAAUGCAUUAAGUGGUUUUAUGACUAUGAAUGGUAAUCAAAUACAAUAUUCACCGCGUUCAUCUGAGCGAAACAUUCAUAAAAAAAUACCGAAUUCCAUAUCAGCACCGGGAAUUGCUGAGCUGCAGCAACAGGUCUCUUCUACUCCACUCAGUAACACUAUGCGAAAUAGAGAAUCUUCUGAGUCGUGCAGUACAUUAGUCAAGGAUUCACCCUUCACAUUUCCUCAGUCUCCUAGUUCGGCACUUAGUCGGGCUAGCAUGAAACGUUGUAGUUUAACAAAACAUCUGAAAGGGAUCAAAAGCAGUGAGACCGUAUGGACGCCACCGCUAAUCGGUACAAGGCGAUCGGCAAGUAACAUGCAUUACACUACAGUCUCAGGACGGUCAAUUCCAGUAACACGACGAAAAUCCGAUUUGCACGUCACUUUGUCGCGUUUACAUCAGCAGCAGCAACAAGAACAAGAUAUUUUAAGUACCACAGCUAUAGGUCGGGCUUUAAGUCCACUGGCUCGUUGCCAAGCAAUUAAUGAUGUAAUCAAAAAUCGACGAAUGACAAUUUCAGGAGAAGAUGACUACGCCUCAUCUGAUCUUCAUUUACGCAGUCGAAGUCAAAGUCCUUCACAACUUACUCUCAAUGUUCUAGGAAACGGGAAACGGCAGCGACAAGAUUCUGAUACAUCAACAUAUUCAGUUCUAACCAUGGCUUCUUCUCGUUUGACACCGUCAUCUUCACGGGCAAAUCUUCGAACUGUCACUGUUAACAAGCAGCAGUCAUCACAGACGCUGAAUCGAUUGGCAGGAUUGCGUGAUAGGUUGCGCAAAUCUCAGGAGAAUUUGACUGCACCUCUGAGUGAUGACGGUUUCUCAGCAGUUUAUCCAAAUAUUAUGUCGCGUUCAAAAUCAUUCGGUAAUCUUCGGCUAACAGCUGCUGCACCGCUAAGCGGAAAUCGACCUGGACUUAGUUCACUACUUGGUACUAAUGGCGAUGCUGGUAAAUCAUAUCUGUCACGAUUGAAUGCUGAUACUGCUCCUGUUUGUGCAUCCGGGUUGAGCAUCCGAAGUCGUUUCAUUGCGCGCUCAGUAGGUAAUUUAUACAAUAACCAGGAAAGAAGCGAUACAUUGACUGAUAGCAGUUUUUUGAGUCAAGCAGAAAUAUCGUUGAGCACAAAAACUGAACGGAAUUUGGCAAAAACUAUCGAGAAUCUGAAGAAAGCGAGUAACCCGGAUCUUUCAAAGUUUGAAGUCGCUGAAACAGCUGAAGUUUUGCAUGAGAUGGAAAACGAACGAGAGCAUUUGUUUCCAUUAGCGCUUUCAACACGCAAUCAAAAGGGCAAAGGAGCAGUGCAGAAACGAGUUGAAAGAUAUCAUCCACGAAAUCGGGUAUCUCGGGAUACAACGAGUGGUGAAAGUGAUAGUAAUAGUUCGGAAGUUAAUGGGUCACAGCUACUACAGGCCGGUGGGACUGUCGGGCAACAGUUUGCUCCGCGACGAUACUUUACCACAAUUAAUGGCACAAGCAGAAGUAUAUCGUGUGUUGAAAAUAUGCCGAGGCAAAGCGUUCUUCAAACGCGUCGUAUUUUCGAACCGCAGCAGCGACACAGUUCUUCAAAUAUCCAACGCCGAGUUCCAAGUUAUUUAGCUCAGAAACUUGCAAGUGGCGACAUAGUGGCGCCAGAUGUUGGUAGCGAAGAAUAUUCACAGCAAUCAACAUCAUCGAGUGAGGUGGUAGCUUUCCAGGAUUUUAUUGCUAAAACGCAUCAAUCAAAACCUGAUGAAGAAAAAAGAAAUUAUCCCUAA